CAGAAGUGCCGUUCUUUGGGACAUAUUUGUACAGCGGCUGUAUCUUAGAUAAUAAACAUUAGGGUGGCGUGAUAUGCGCAUAGCUGUGCACACGUGCACGUCAGCCAGCGGUGAUCGGUAACGCGAAGAAUCGGUUCUGCUUUUUCACGAGUCCACUUUCUCACAAUUGAUCACGCGAGUCUCUGGUUUUUUUUUUUUUUUGCUUCAACGGCACCAUUGUCACCUCGAUUGUCACCAGGGAAGUACCUUACGUGCCGGUAGCGUCGACCGGCUUUCCAAACGUGAAUUUUCUCACUAAUAGUAGAUACACAGGCAUAUUAUACCUUCACUUGCGCCGUAAAGUGAACAAAAAGACUUGCUGAGACGGACUACUUAUUCUUUUAAAUGUUUCUGUGAGUGUUUACUGAACGUGCUCGUUUCUUUUUUUAAUUUGACGCUUUUCUCUUGCCUUUGUCGUACCGAUCAACCGAGCACGAAAAAAAGCGAGGAUUGGGUCUUUUUUCCAAUUGGUUCGAGCAAGUUGAUGGAAGAGAGGCUCACGAGCUGAUAGUAGGACGUAGUUAAGGAAAAAAAGAACCAAAGGUUUUCUCUGUUUGGAAAAUAACGGAAAUUUAUAUGUGAAGACGAGUGGACUCAAAGAAAAUCAGAAAAACUGAUUACAAGUGAGGAUUGUAAUGCCAACUAUGAGCGGAAGAUCAAGGAUCUGUGGUUUCGUUUGCGAUCUGGCCGAUUAGAUGGAAAUAAUAAUGAGGGAGCGAGCGCGUCGAUCUAGCGAGAGUUGCGAGCUGCUCGGCUCGUGGCGGGACAUUCCUGAGCAGCAGCGUCAACAGCAGCAACACCAACAGCUGCUUUUGGAGGAUAAAGAGCCAGAAUUUCGGAGGAGGAAGCGUUCCGGUACUUGGCCGAGGACAAGGAGCCUAAAUGCGCCGAGCCCAAUACAAAACUUUGGACCAUGUGGCCGCAUAAUGAAAAACUCAGCGAUGGUGAUGACCAUCCAAGAUCCAGCCUCGCAGAGGCUGACCUGGUACAAACCGCCGCUCACUGUCCUUGUCAUCAAGAAGGUCCGUGAUUCGUCGGUGUUGCCGCCGUUCGUGCAACUCGUCACAUGGCUGAUAGAGGAAAAGCGCAUGCUGGUGUUCGUGGAGGCCUCGGUGUUGGAGGAUCCGGCCUUAGCGAGGGACCACAGGUUCCAAGGAGUCCGCGACAGACUGCAGACCUUCAGAGACGGCACAGACGAUCUCCAGGAUCGCAUCGACUUCAUCGUCUGCCUGGGCGGGGACGGAACCCUCCUGUACGCCAGUCUCCUGUUCCAGCAGUCAGUCCCACCAGUCAUGGCGUUUCACUUGGGCUCCCUGGGCUUCUUGACGCCCUUCGAGUUCGACAACUUUCAGGAACAAGUCACAAACGUCCUAGAAGGUCACGCAGCCUUGACCCUGCGAAGCCGGUUACGCUGCAUAAUAAUGAGGAAGGGCGAGGAGGGCCAGCCAGCGAAACAGCCCACCAACCUGCUGGUACUUAACGAGGUCGUCGUCGAUCGCGGGCCCUCGCCGUACCUCUCCAACAUCGACCUCUUCAUCGACGGCAAGCACGUUACCAGUGUCCAGGGCGACGGUCUCAUUGUCAGCACACCCACAGGCUCGACGGCCUACGCCGUGGCUGCCGGAGCCAGCAUGAUUCACCCCUCGGUCCCGGCCAUCAUGAUCACUCCCAUCUGCCCGCACUCGCUGUCCUUUCGGCCCAUCGUCGUACCGGCUGGCGUCGAACUCAAGAUAAUGGCCAACAGCAAGGCGCGCAACACAGCCUAUGUCUCCUUCGACGGUCGUAACCAGCAAGAGCUACGCGUCGGGGACAGUUUGAGAGUGACAACGUCGAUCUACCCGGUGCCGUCCAUCUGCGCGGCAGACCAGAUAACCGAUUGGUUUGACUCGUUGGCCGAGUGCCUGCACUGGAACGUCCGUAAGAAGCAGAAGCACCUCGACGAGCUGAGCGAUCUCACGCACUCCUCCAGCAACGACACCCUCGACUCUCUCGAUCGCGACAGCUAGAGAAAACGCACGUGUCCGCGACUCCUUGGUGGAAAGAGAGCGGGAAGAACGAAGCCCUGCGAACUCAGCUGAGAUGUUGCAUUCAUUCGACGAAGAAAACCGCUUCGGUAUUUUAUUUUUGCGGGCGAUUUUUUUUUUUUUUUUUUUUUUACAAACAAGACACACAUUUGCUGAAAAACAGCCGAUCGAAUUUUUGUAAAUUUGCUGGGGUGGAAAAUUUUUUUCAUCUUCCGUAGACAUAGUAUAGGGUUACAUUUGAUACAAAGAGAUACAGAGUAGCUAAUGUGCACAUACUAUACAUACUAUUGAAAUUUUUUUUUUUUUUUUUUUUUCUAAGAAAGAUAACAAAUUUACGCGUAGAGCGUUCCGAUGAGGAGAAAAUGCGAACGGAAGACUCGAGGGUCCUUUCAUGUGAGGAAGUGCAAUGAGAAUAUACAUAUAUUAUAUAAAUAUUAUAUUGUAUCCAUACACAGAUUUUUUUGAAUGUUGCUGUACACGUGGUUGUAUAAAUGCAGGAGAGAAAAAAGAAAUGAAAUCAUUAUUAUCACUGCGAAAAAGUUUUAAGGAAUUUUCAUGCACGGUUCGAGCGAAAAAACUGUACACGCUGUUUGCCGAGCCGGAAGCUACAAUAUGACAAUAUUAUAUGAACGGAGGAUCAUGUUCCUGCGAUGUUGAGUAAUACGAUGGGAGAGAUGUUGAAACAAAUAAUGAAAAAAAAUAUAUAUAUAUAUCUAUCUAGUGGGUCCACGCGUACACACACACAAAGUAGGAUUAACAGAUUUAUCCAUUGUCAUGUUAUUUCGUACCGAUGCGAGACAAAGAGGUAACACCUUCUAGAUGAAACUUGUUGUAAAUGUUGAAUCAUAUUUCCUAUAUUCUUUUUAAUAAAAGUAAUUUUUGUACAUAA